UAUUUAAGGCACAGUACCACAGAUGUCAGAGUAAAUACAGACUGUCACAUUACAAUAACUGGACAAGAACAUCUGCGCAAGGAUGAAGACAUUACAUGCAAUGCUACUGAUGUUGUUUGUUGCAUCAGUCUUUUCAAAACCAUUUCCUUUGCGCAGAAGAUUUGAUUCAUCAGAAUCUGUGCAAUCUAGAUUCAGUUCAGAGGAAAAUGAUUCAAGCAGAGGAGACAGGGAUGAUUCACGGUCCCAAGAGAAUUCUGAUUCAAACGAAUCUAACUCACGUGAAUCUUCGGAGGAAGAUACCAGAGUUGUGCCAAGCACAAGAAGUCCACCGACCACUCGCAAGACAACAACACCAUCAACAACCACUCGCAAGACAACAACAACCACUCUUGAGACAACCACACCAUCAACGACCACUGACAUGACAACAUCAUCAAUGACCACUGACGUGACAACAUCAUCAACGACCACUGACGUGACAACAUCAUCAACGCCCACUGACGUGACAACAACAUCAACGCCCACUGACGUGACAACAUCAUCAACGCCCACUGACAUGACAACAUCAUCAACGACCACUGACAUGACAACAUUAUCAGUGACCACUGACAUGACAACAUCAUCAACGCCCACUGACAUGACAACAUCAUCAGUGACCACUGACAUGACAACAUCAUCAACACCCACUGACAUGACAGCAACACCAUCAACGGGAACAUAGACAACAUGACCACUGACACAACAACACCCUCAACUAUCACAACACAAGAAAUCACACACUGUGUUAAUGAAACAAGAGGUGAUAAUGAUAAUGUUGUUAUAAUAUAUUGCAGUACUUCUAAUUAAUCAUCUUUUCAUGCAAAACAUACUAACUAAAUAGGUGAAUGUUUAAAGAUGUACAAUUCAUUACAGU